AUGUUGGGCUCCUCUGCGGCCCGCGAGGCGGGCUCGGCGCCGCUCACCUUGCAGCAGACGGCACCCCACGAGGACCAGGAGAACAUCAACCCCGAGAAGGCCUCUCCCGCCCAGCCCCGGACCCGGGCCCGGCUGGCGGUGCUGAAGGCCGGGAACCAGCAGGCUCCAGCGCCGCCGCAGAGGCCCAAGACGCGACGGGUUGCCCCUCUGAAGGAUCUUCCUGUAAAUGAUGAGCGUGUCAUUGUUCCUCCUUGGAAAGCAAACAGCAAACAGCCUGCAUUUACCAUUCACGUGGAUGAACCAGAAGAGACUCGGAAGAGCCCAGGCGAGUCUAAAGAAACAGAAUGCGAAGACAUCCUGGCGUUUAAUUCAGCUAUUGCAUUACCUGAACCAAGAAAACCACUGGUACCUCUUGAUUAUCCAAUGGAUGAUAGCUUUGAGUCACCACAUGCUAUGGACAUGUCAAUUGUGUUGGAAGAGGAAAAGCCAGUGAGUGUUAAUGAAGUCCCAGACUACCAUGAGGACAUUCACAAGUACCUCAGGGAAAUGGAGAUUAAAUGUAAACCUAAAGUGGGCUACAUGAAGAAGCAGCCAGAUAUCAACAACAGCAUGAGGGCCAUCCUCGUGGACUGGCUAGUGGAAGUGGGAGAAGAAUAUAAACUACAGAAUGAGACCCUGCACUUGGCGGUGAAUUACAUCGACAGGUUCCUUUCCUCCAUGUCUGUGCUGAGAGGAAAACUUCAGCUGGUGGGCACUGCUGCUAUGCUGUUGGCCUCGAAGUUUGAAGAAAUAUACCCCCCAGAGGUAGCAGAGUUUGUGUACAUUACAGAUGAUACCUACACCAAGAAACAAGUUCUGAGAAUGGAGCACCUCGUUCUGAAAGUCCUUUCUUUUGACUUAGCGGCACCAACUAUAAAUCAGUUCCUCACUCAGUACUUUCUGCACCAGCAGCCUUCGAACUGCAAAGUUGAAAGUUUAGCUAUGUUUCUGGGAGAGUUAAGUCUGAUAGAUGCUGACCCCUACCUUAAGUAUCUGCCCUCAGUUGUUGCCGGAGCAGCCUUUCACCUAGCGCUCUACACCGUCACGGGACAGAGCUGGCCAGAAUCCUUGGCACAGAAGACUGGCUACAGUUUGGAGAAUCUGAAGCCCUGUCUCCUGGAUCUGCACCAGACCUACCUCAGAGCGCCCCAGCAUGCGCAGCAGUCAAUCAGAGAAAAGUACAAACAUUCCAAGUACCAUGGUGUUUCUCUCCUCAUCCCACCAGAGACACUACAUGUGUAA